UGUCAAGUUGGUGUUUCUCACUGAACAGAAAUGUCUGUCUGAAGGAGGCACUCUAUCAUGGAGUCAUUCUCAGUCUUGCAUCUCCUUCUUUAAGGCUUUUUGGCAUCUUCCUUGCAGGGUAGCUCAUGACCGUGGUCUAUUUAUGGUCGUCCAAGGCUCGACGAAAUCGCUUUCUGCGUUACCCCAAACAUGGAGGUCGCGGAGUUCCAAGACUUUGCAAAGGCGAUGAUCGAUUAUAUUAGCAAAUACAUGUCAACAAUUCGAGACAGGCCUGUUCUACCUAAAUUAGAGCCAGGAUACUUGAGACCUUUGAUCCCGGAGUCUGCACCAGAGGAACCAGAAUCAUGGCAUAAUGUCAUGGAAGAUAUUGAAAGAGUUAUUAUGCCAGGAGUAACUCACUGGCAUUCACCCCGCUUCCAUGCAUACUUCCCGACAGCCUGCUCUUACCCUGCCAUAGUUGCUGACAUGUUAAGUGACGCCAUUGCUUGCAUUGGAUUUACCUGGAUCGCAAGUCCAGCUUGCACAGAACUCGAGGUUGUGAUGAUGGACUGGCUCGGUAAGAUGCUUAAUCUCCCCGAUGACUUUUUGGCCAGUGGAAAGAAAGGAGGUGGUGGUGUUAUUCAGGGCACUGCUAGUGAGGCAACUCUCGUUGCCCUUCUGGGUGCCAAAACCAGAGCAAUCCGCCGAACAAAAGAACAGCAUCCUGAUUGGACGGAUCUUGAAAUCGCCUCCAAAUUGGUAGCGUACUGCUCCAAACAAGCCCACUCCUCGGUGGAACGAGCAGGUCUUUUGGGAAGCGUCCCGUUCAGACUCCUACCUACAGACGAUAUGUACAGAUUACAAGGCAGCACUUUAGAAGAAGCUAUCAAAAAAGACAAAGCUGACGGUCUCGUUCCUUUCUAUGUUGUUGCAACUCUAGGAACGACCUCCUGCUGUUCAUUUGAUCUGCUCAAAGAAAUUGGACCAGUGUGUAAAAACGAAGAAGUUUGGCUUCAUGUUGAUGCUGCGUAUGCAGGAUCUGCCUUCAUUUGUCCCGAGUAUCAGUAUUUGUUAGAAGGGGUAGAGUACGCUGAGUCAUUCAAUUUUAAUCCUCAUAAGUGGAUGCUCGUAAACUUUGACUGCUCAGCCAUGUGGUUAAAAAAUCCAGAUGAAGUUGUAAAUGCAUUCAAUGUUGAUCCUCUUUACCUGAAGCACGACCACCAAGGAGCUGCUCCUGAUUAUAGGCACUGGCAAAUUCCACUCGGCAGGCGAUUCCGUUCAUUGAAAUUGUGGUUUGUUCUGCGAUUGUAUGGAAUAAAGAACCUUCAAACCCACAUUCGUCAUCAAAUUGGACUCGCCCAUCAGUUUGAAGCGUACGUCAAUGAAGAUGAGGAGUUUGAAUUAUUCAACGAAGUACUCAUGGGUCUUGUCUGCUUCAGAGUUAAGGGCUCCAAUGAAUUGAACGAACAAGUGCUGAACAGGAUCAACAAAAAAGGCAAAAUCCACAUGGUUCCCUCGAAAAUCAAGGAUGUCUUCUUCCUCCGUUUUGCCGUCUGUUCACGUUUCACAAACGCCGAAGAUGUCAAAUACUCGUGGAGCGAAGUCAAAGCCACAACCCAAGAAAUCAAAAAAGAGCUAGCCAAGCAGUGAUUGAAAGUUCCGACAAAUAUUUUCGAAGUUAUUCCACCUCCAUGUAUUAUCUUUGUUAAGUUUUAGUACAUUUAAUCUCAAGAUUCAAUGGAAAAGCUCUCUAUUUUUAGUAAGUUAUUUUUACAGAUUGACUAUUUAAGCAGCACUAAUGUUUUGUGCUCAAGGAGCCAAGCUCAAAGUUUUUAAGAACUCAUUGAGUCUCACCCUAUCUUGAAUAACUAAAUGAAAAAACUUAGCAUGAAGAUGAAAUGGAUUAAAUUAAAAUUUCUUUUAAGUGUAAUUGAAGAAUUGGGUUAAUAUAUAUGUUUUUAUUCCUCUCACUGAGAAAAGUAUCAAAGACGAUUCUCUAAUAGCGUAACUUCAUAAUUUCAUUAUUUAAAAAUAUUUUAUACUUCAACCUCCGAACACCAAAUUUAGGCACAGCCAUGUCAACAAAUCAACAACUACCGGACGGAGGAAUGUAUCUUAAUUGCACUGUUUCAGUAUGCUUGCUAAUUUUUUUUUUUUCUUUCAAGGAAAACUGUUUUAUGAAUUUUCUUGGAAACUCUGAUGAUUUUUCUUUACCUUUGUGAGAAAAGACUCUGAAAUUUUCAGAUUGAUUCGUGCGAUGGUUCUUGCAUGAAAAUAUAAAAUCUUUCUAAAAAUAUUGAAACAGUCCAGGCAAGAUAUGUUCCUUUGUGCAGGAGACGACAAAAUGUCUCAUUUCCUAAAAAUUCGUUUGAGUGUGUGAAGAAUUUGAUAGAUAUUUCAUCGUAGGCACUGAAUAAAAGUGUAACAUGGCUGUUGACAUCUUCCUUUGAUCAAGUGAAAUUUUAUCUAAAAGUUUUGAUUGUUAAGUUUGUUGUUUUCAAUACAUUGUUCCAGUAUUAGCAGAAAAUUUAUUAUUUUACGAUUACGAUUAUUGUUAUUUAUGGAUGUAAUUAUAGUUGUGUGUGUAAGUGUAGAUUUUAACUUUUUAUGACAGGAAUUGAAUUUUAGACCAUUCGUUUUUCAAGGGCCCUCAUUCGAUGCCCAUUUUUUUGAUUCUAGACAAUUUUAAUCAAAUCAUGAUCUAUGAAAAACAGUUUUAUGAAGCUUGCCAAUGUGGUUUCUUUUUUUUCUUUUUUUAAACUUAUUUCACUCCGUACUUUGUGAAUGAUGAGCUGUGACAUUAUAUGCUAGUAUUUCAAAGACGUAAUAAUUUUUUGUAAAACUAAGUGUUUCCCAUUUUAGAGUCUUUUCAUCCCUUGAAACACCAUCUGUGACACCAUUAAUUCUUAUUCUAACAUACCUUAAAAUCAUCUCCAAUUUAAUGAAGAUGUCAUACAUUUUGUUUUAUAAUAUGAAAAUUACUAAUGUAAAAUUGUCUUAUCUUUUUGAAUUGACUCAUAUGCUCAAGCUACUUUUCAAAAUAAAAAUUCCAAUUAUUCUGUCAGCCUCAAAAAAAAAAACCUCAGUCGCUGAGUAGUACAUAAAUAUUUAAAAUCCUCGAUUGAUUGCCUAAAAUUUCUAAGCUCAUUUCAAAAUCUGUAUGUUAAAUAGAAUUCUAUAGUCUUUCGUAUCAUUUUGAAUUUUCAAAUUCUAAAAAUUUUAGUCUCCUCACCUGUGUUGUCGGUCCUAUACUAAUUCCCUCCUUAAAUGUUCAUCAUCGGUGUUUAAAGAGCCUCAGGCAAGAUGUUAUGUUUGAAUUGAAUUGUUUUUUCAACAUUCUACAGUUGAUAUCUAGAGACAAUGCAUUAAAAUUUUAUUGUUUUGUAUUAGGAACUUUGUUCAACGUUGUGCUAAAAUAUUUUAGAAAAGUCAAAUACCACACACCCAAUCCCCCCUCCCCCAUUUGAAUUAAAUUAUUACAAUCUUGUUCUAGUCUGAAAAGCAGCACAGUUUGAAGGUUUCACCAAUGAUCGUAAACAUAAAAAUGCAUUUAAUCGAAGAAUUAACUUUGAAAGGUUAGAUAAGACUCCUGUAAUAAAAGACACAAGACAAUAUAAUGAACAAUAAUUUAUUGUAAAAAGUUUAAUUUAUUCGACAAUAAAUGUAACGUUGGUUUCCAA